GAGCAUCAUGGAUUAGAAAACACAGUGGAGUUGCAGCAAAUGUUUGACAGAAUAGUAGUCGCCGGUGAAACUGCAUGGACUCCAGCUGCUGGGCCUAUUCCUUUAGUACAACAGAAUGUGGGGUUUGAAGAUGCUAUUGAUUUAGAAGAAGGAAGUGGUGAUUCUGAUGAGGUGAAUGUCAUCCCAACACAAACUGGUGGAAGCUUUGAAAGUUAUACCACAACUACUUUGAGUGAUUCAUCAAAGAAGAAUUAUGAAGCAUAUCCUGAUAGCACUGAAGAAUGUAUGGAGAUGUUGUUAACUUUACCUGGAGUUAAAGAUGCAAGAGUUGGAAAGGGACAAGAUAAUGUUUGAGAUGGAAAGGGAGAGAUUCAGUGGUAGAAGGCAUUACUACGAUGUUUGUAUUUGAGUUUUAAGUAUUAAGAUAUUCGUAAUGCUUGUAUUUGAGAUACAAAACUGUUUUCGAGAUACAAAACUAUUUUCUUUCUUAUUUGUAUUUUCGUUGUAUGUGGACUAAUGUUAUGAAUUUAUGUCUUUUUCAUAAUGUUGUUGCUUAGAAAUUGGACUGGUAAUUUAUAGUUCAAAUAAGGAUUCAAUAUGAAU